UUUUACACCAAACCAUAGCUUAAUAUUUGCUUCUCCUCCUUACUCCCGCGUCAAACUUCGAUUGAGGUUCAGGCGGUUGUUUUCAUCUUUCUUUUCUUCUGAGUUCUGAGUGCUGAAUGCUGAAUGCUGAUGGACAAUUUCUGAAACUCUUCAUCUUUUUCUGCACCGCCACGGUCUAUUUUUUUUCCAUUAUGAAGGAGAAGGUAGAUUCAUCUUCUCCCACUGGAAUUCUUGAAGACUACUUUAGGAGCUCAGGAUCUGAAUCAACUUCUUCCGGGGAGCCCAAACCGCCACCUUUUUGGCGUGGAAUUUUCAAAUUAUUGAGGUCAAAAUCCAGCAACCCCGUAAGUAAAUUGCAUCCUCUUAGUGUACUCAAGCUCUCCAAAAGACUGAGUAACAGUAUGAGAGAGACUUUGCAUCUUCACUUUCGGUUUGAUUCCAACGUCUGCAAUUUCAACUCGCCAUGGAAGAAUUUCACUCUGCGUGACCUCCAAGCCGCAACAAACUAUUUCAGCCCUGAAAAUCUGAUUGGAAAAGGGGGUUAUGCUGAGGUUUACAAGGGAUGUUUGAAGAACGGACAACUUGUAGCUAUCAAAAGACUGACAAGAGGAAAAUUUGAUGAGAAUAUUGGUGAUUUCUUGCUUGAACUUGGAAUCAUGGCUCAUGUCAACCAUCCCAAUACUGCCAAGUUAAUUGGCUAUGGAGUCGAAGGUGGAAUGCAUUUAGUUCUUGAAUUGUCUCCUCGUGGGAGUUUAGCUUCUAGGCUCUAUGGUUUAAAGGAGAAGCUGGAAUGGAACAUUCGGUAUAAAAUAGCCAUUGGAACCGCAAAGGGUUUAAGAUAUCUCCAUGAAGGAUGUCAAAGAAGAAUUAUCCACAGAGAUAUUAAGGCCGCAAACAUUUUGCUCACUGAAGACUUCGAGCCUCAGAUUUGUGAUUUCGGGCUUGCAAAGUGGCUACCAAAGCAAUGGACUCAUCACAUAGUAUCAAAAUUUGAAGGAACAUUCGGCUACUUACCUCCCGAAUAUUUAUCACAUGGUAUAGUAGAUGAAAAGACUGAUGUUUUUGCAUUUGGUGUGCUACUAUUGGAGCUAGUCACUGGACGCCGAGCUCUUGAUUACUCUCAGCAAAGUCUUGUUUUGUGGGCAAAGCCGUUGCUGAAGAAGAACAACGUGAGAGAACUUGUUGAUCCUUUCAUAACAAAUUACAAUUCACGGCAGACCAAUCUCGUGCUUCUUGCUGCUUCUUUAUGCAUACAACAGUCCUCAAUUCGGAGACCUUGUAUGAAUCAGGUGGUUCAGAUCCUGACUGGAGACCUGAGCUGCAUAAAAGGGACCAGAAAAAAUCAAAUACCUUUCCUUAGAAAAGCUUUUCGUGAGGAGUUAAUAAGAGCGGAACAGCCAAGAAUGAGAGACGUUCUUAUGGAGCAUUUAUAGGUGGUUGGGUUGGUGAAGGACACAAAGUCAAAUGCAGAGGUGAGAUUGAUUGAAAAUAUACCAAUGAGAUAUCCUCAUUGCCAUAGCCCAUAGACGGGGAGAUCUUAUCGGGAACGUGACGAGAAGAUUUUCCUGAUAUGCUUGUGCAAGGGUAACCAAGAUAUAUCGAUCUUUUAAAGGUUGAGAAUCAAUUAUUUCAUCAUUUGGCCAAAUCUCAUAAGUCCCACAAUUGCCGGUUGAUUAUCCUUAGCAGGCAUUUUCCAACAAAGUCAAGUUUUUGACAAGGGACGUAUAUUUCUUUGUCCAGAAGAGAUGAAAAGCAGCAUGACAUGCACCUGCAAUGCCCUAACAUUAAUACCCUUGGACUUGGCAGCUUCUUAGCUCGGAAGUUUCCAAUUCCCACCCUGUUGCUUCAUCAGGAUAGUAUUGGGACCAGCAUAAACCAUAUGAUUAUCACAAUCCUUUACAAUGAAAGGGACAAAACUCUAAAUUCUACAGUGCUCAAGAUAAAAAUUGUAUGCUAAACAAAUCAUAGGCACCUCCAGCCACUGGAAAAGUUAACGAGGUUACUUUGUUAGAAAAAGUUUUUGAAAUGAGGCAUAGUUAGAAAAACUUAUACCUAUCCCACUUAUAUCACUAUUUUACAAAUCACCGUCACUUGUCUACUUUAA